UCUCCUUUUCCCGCAGAGGAGGACCUAGAGCCGUGAGACUGGCAGGGUCUAGCGGAAAGUUAGCAGCCACUGCCCGCCUCGCCUGCCUUCCUCCUCGACUCCCCACCCCUCUCCGAGCGAAACGGCGGAGGUGGGGGUGGAGGGGCUGGCGGGGACUGGCCUUGAGAUUUGGAACAGCUGCAGCCGGCGCUGGGCCCGCCUGGAAUGCGGGAACAGGCUGCGCACCAGGACUUUUAUGGAAACUUGCUGCUGGAGACAGCGGCGGCGACAGCCAGAGGGCUCCCAGCGGCCAGAGCAGCAGAGGCGGAGGCGCCCAGACCCCUGCCCACACCCAGGCGUAGGACGCGCACAGCCUCUCCUCGCGCCACGAGGGCAUUCGCUGGUCGCGGGCUUCAAGAGGGUGCAGAAAUAUACAAAGUGUUAUAAUCACCUCAAAACCACAUAGAGCGAACAUGAAUGACAUUUCCCAAAAGGCCGAGAUUCUGCUUUCUUCAUCUAAACCUGUCCCAAAAACCUAUGUACCAAAACUUGGCAAAGGUGACGUAAAGGAUAAGUUUGAAGCCAUGCAGAGGGCCAGGGAAGAAAGGAAUCAAAGGAGAUCUAGAGAUGAAAAGCAAAGAAGAAAAGAACAAUAUAUUAGAGAGAGAGAAUGGAACAGGAGAAAGCAGGAGAUUAAAGAAAUGCUUGCUUCUGAUGAUGAGGAAGAGGUUUCUUCUAAAAUAGAAAAAGCUUAUGUUCCAAAGCUAACAGGAACUGUUAAAGGUAGAUUUGCAGAAAUGGAGAAACACAGACAAGAGGAACAACGGAAGAGAACAGAAGAGGAACGAAAACGCAGAAUUGAGCAGGAUAUGCUGGAAAAGAGGAAGAUACAACGUGAAUUAGCCAAAAGGGCUGAGCAGAUUGAGGACAUAAACAAUACGGGAACUGAAUCAGCAUCAGAGGAAGGAGAUGAUUCACUACUUAUAACAGUGGUACCUGUCAAGUCACAUAAAAGAUCUGGAAAAAUAAAGAAUUUUGAGGAUCUAGAAAAAGAAGAAGAAAGGAUCAAGUGUGAAGAAGAUAGAAGAAUAAGCUACGAAGAACGACGGUCUCUCAAGGAAGCACAGUGUCUUUCACUGGUCAUGGAUGAUGAACUGGAUAACGAGGAAAAAAAAGAAUCAAUUUCUCCAGGGAAACUGAAACUAACUUUUGAAGAAUUAGAAAGGCAAAGACAAGAAAACCGAAGGAAGCAGGCUGAAGAAGAAGCAAGACAACGUUUAGAAGAAGAAAAGCGUGCUUUUGAAGAAGCAAGGAGGCAGAUGGUAAAUGAAGAGGAAGAAAACCAAGACUCAGGAAAAAUUUUUAAAGGGUACCGCCCUGGUAAACUCAAACUCAGUUUUGAAGAAAUGGAAAGACAAAGGAGAGAAGAUGAAAAAAGGAAAGCAGAAGAAGAGGCCAGAAGGAGAAUAGAGGAAGAAAAGAGAGCAUUUGCUGAAGCAAGGAGAAGCAUGGUAGUAGAUGAUGACUCUCCAGAGAUGUAUAAAACAAUCUCUCAAGAAUCUCUUACACCGGGGAAACUGGAAAUUAAUUUUGAAAAAUUAUUAAAACAAAAAAUGGAAGAAGAAAAACGACGAACAGAGGAGGAACGGAAGCAUAAGCUAGAAAUGGAAAAACAGGAAUUUGAACAACUGAGACAAGAAAUGGGAGAGGAAGAGGAAGAAAAUGAAACCUUUGAAUUGAGCAAGGAAUAUGAAGAACUGAUCAAAUUGAAAAGGAGUGGCUCUAUUCAAGCUAAAAAUCUAAAAAGCAAGUUUGAAAAAAUUGGACAAUUGUCUGAAAAAGAAAUACAGAAAAAGAUAGAAGAAGAACGAGCAAGAAGGAGAGCCAUUGAUCUUGAAAUUAAACAGCGAGAGGCAGAAAACUUUCAUGAGGAAGAGGAUGUUGACGUCAAGCCUGCGAAAAGAAGUGAGGCUCCCUUUACUCAUAAAGUGAAUAUGAAAGCUAGAUUUGAACAAAUGGCUAAGGCAAGAGAAGAAGAAGAACAAAGAAGAAUUGAAGAACAAAAGUUACUACGUAUGCAGUUUGAACAAAAGGAAAUUGAUGCAGCACUCCAGAAGAAAAGAGAAGAGGACGAAGAAGAUGAAGGCAGUAUCAUGAAUGGCUCCACUAAUGAAGAUGAAGAGCAAACCAGAUCAGGAGCUCCGUGGUUCAAGAAGCCACUAAAAAACACGUCGGUUGUAGAUAGUGAGCCUGUUAGAUUUACAGUUAAAGUAACAGGAGAACCCAAACCAGAAAUUACAUGGUGGUUUGAAGGAGAAAUGUUGCAGGAUGGAGAAGACUAUCAAUAUAUUGAAAGAGGAGAAACUUACUGCCUUUAUUUACCAGAAACGUUCCCAGAAGAUGAAGGAGAGUAUAUGUGUAAAGCAGUCAACAAUAAAGGCUCUGCAGCUAGUACCUGUAUUCUUACAAUUGAAACUGACGACUACUAGCUUCCUUUCCCUCUGCCUGGACCUCUGUCUCUCCGACUUUCUUACUACAUCCAUCUUUUAUGUGGCGGGGCCAAAAAAAGGAAACCAGUUGACUUCUUAAUCCUUUUCAUAACAUACUUCAAAACACAAGCUCAUCUAAAGAAUACUUUUUCCUUUCCAAAUGAGCACCAGACUCAUCAUCAUAUUAUGCAGAAGUUAAUGUGUAUUUAACUAGGAAAGUGGGAAAUGUACUCAAAUAUUGUAUCAGAACCUAUUUUAAAAGCUGUGCAUUUCCUGUAAGUUCACAGCAAUACAUUUAAAAAUAUCAUAAAUAGCACAUUAUUUUGCAUGAAAGAAUGCCAUUUAUGAGCUAUCUACACCUAAAAUUAGUCUGAAAUAGCUGAAACAAUGAAUUGGAACCUAUCAAUUUGGGAGUUUUCCCAUUAUUUUGGUUGUAGUUUCAGAGUCUUUUUGAAGAUGUAUGAGAGGGAUGGGGUAUAUGAUUUACAGAGAAAAACACAAAAAUUAAAAGAUUUUAAAGAAAAAUGCCAGAGAAAUUUGGAUGAAAACCACUGCCCAUACAGAGUUCUGAGUGUUGAAAAUAUUAAAAAUACUUUUCAAAUGUAACAUAUAUUCAAGCUUAUAAAACAAAUUUAUGUUGUGAUGUUGCCUGAACAGUUAUAUUUCAAUGAGAAAGUUUUGUCAGUAGCCAUACAGGAGAAAACAAUUUCAACGAAACUGAAGCUUUCAAGAUCUAAAGCGAUUAGAUUGGGGGGGGGA